GUCGGCACAGCACUUCGAGUCGCAGACAUUUUGCUCGCAGUAGUUUCGGACGCGUCAUUCUGUGCAAGCAUUGGCGAAAAUUCCGCGACUAAAAAAAUGGAUCGCGCCGCAAACCGAGACAACACGACGGAGUUCAUCCAGAUCUGGGAAAGCGAACCGUCGCUGUACAGUGCGAACGUGAACUUGAAGGAAGGCAAGGACAAGGCGUUCAAGCGGCUGGUGGCCAAGCUGAGGGAGGUCAACCCGGACGCGGACCGGUACGCGGUGAUUAAGAAGAUUGCCAGCUUGAGGAGCAAUUAUCGGCGCGAGGCCAAAGUGGUCAAGGAGAAUCCGGACUACGAGCCGAGUUUGUGGUACUUUCCGCUGGUGCACAAGUUUUUGAAGGACGAUGACGUCAAGGAUGAAAGUUACUCGGGGGAUGAGUCAAUCACCGCCAUCCCGGAGGACGUCCUGGUCGACUUUAUCGCCAUCCUCAAGUCGGAACCGGCCGUGUGGCGCACCAAGUCGUGGCAGUACCGCGACCAGGACCUGAAGGCCGCCGGGUUUGCCCGGCUGGUGGAACGGCUGCAGCAGGUUCGACCCACGGCCGAUCGGUGGGCCACCAUCAAGAUGAUCAACGUGAUGCGGAAGAAGUUCCUGAUCGAGUGGCGCCGCGUGCGGGAAGAUCCGGCGUACGAGCCCGGGCUGUGGUACUACGACGAGAUUAGCUUCAUCAAGGACUACGACCAGCCGGUGCCGGGAGAGGAGGACAUCAAACCCGCCAAAGUGCCCGUCCGCAAGACCAAAGCCCAGAUCCUGAACAAGCGCAAGGUGCUGCGCGAGUUCAUCCAGCUGUACGAGAGCGAACCCACCCUGUGGAAGGUCAACUCGAAGCAGUACCGCAACCGGGAGCUCAAAGCCGAAGCGUACCAAAAGUUGGCCAACAAGCUGAAGGAGAUCCAACCGGACGCGGACGCGUACGCUGUCGUGAAGCAGAUCAACAGCCUGCGAAGUCCAUACCGGAAGGAGAUCAAGAAGAUCCGCGCCAAUCCGAACUACCGCACGACGCUGUGGUACUUUGACCUGUUGGCGUUCCUGGACAACGAAGGCGAGGAGAGUUCUGAAGAGGACCAGGAGGAAGAUGACGAGAGCGAAAAGUACCACCCCGAAGACACGAACGACGGGGAGGAGGAGGCGCACGAAAUGUGCGACGAGGAAGACUACAUGAUCGAGUUCAAGCCGCACUCGCCGGAGAAGGACGUCAAACCGCCGCGCAAGAUCCAGCGGCUGAUGAUCGAACGGCUCAACGAGCCGGAAGCGUCGUCGGUCGAUCCGCUGACGGUGAACAUGUCCGGCCACUCGAACGACACCUCGGCGCAGCACUCGUCGUUCCACGGAAGUUACCUGUACCAGCCGCCGGCGGAAGAUCGGUUCGACGUGUACGGGAGGAACGUGGCCAUGAAGUUGCGCCAGCUGCCGAACGAUCAGCGCAUGCUGGCGGAGAAGGCGAUUAAUGAUGUGCUGUUUGAGGCUGAGAUGGGAACGCUGCAGCGAGCUGGGCCGGCGCAUUAUGCGGUUAAUUAAGUGGUUGUUUGAUUUUAUUGCUUGGUUUUUGAUUUUGAAGACGGUACAAGAGUACAAAGACAUGUAAAUAUAACUGAAUAAACUGUGACAUGAACUGAA